AUGGCCGCCGCAGUUUCCACCGUGGGUGCCAUCAACAGAGCUCCGUUGAGCUUGAACGGGUCAGGAGCAGGAGCUGCUUCAGUCCCAGCAACAACCUUCUUGGGAAAGAAAGUUGUAACCGCGUCAAGAUUCGCUCAGAGCAACAAGAAAAGCAACGGAUCAUUCAAGGUGCUUUCUGUGAAAGAAGACAAACAAACCGAUGGAGACAGAUGGAAGGGACUUGCCUACGACAUAUCUGAUGACCAACAAGACAUCACCAGAGGCAAAGGUAUGGUUGACUCUGUCUUCCAAGCUCCUAUGGGAACCGGAACUCACAACCCCGUCCUUAGCUCCUAUGAGUACAUCAGCCAAGGUCUUAGACAGUACAAUUUGGACAACAUGAUGGAUGGGUUUUACAUUGCUCCUGCUUUCAUGGACAAGCUUGUUGUUCACAUCACCAAGAACUUCUUGACCUUGCCUAACAUCAAGGUUCCACUUAUUUUGGGUAUUUGGGGAGGCAAAGGUCAAGGUAAAUCAUUCCAGUGUGAGCUUGUCAUGGCCAAGAUGGGCAUCAACCCAAUCAUGAUGAGUGCUGGAGAGCUUGAGAGUGGAAACGCAGGAGAACCAGCCAAGCUUAUCCGUCAAAGGUACCGUGAAGCAGCUGACAUAAUCAAGAAAGGAAAGAUGUGUGUUCUAUUCAUCAACGAUCUCGACGCUGGUGCUGGUCGUAUGGGUGGCACUACUCAGUACACUGUCAACAACCAGAUGGUUAACGCAACGCUCAUGAACAUUGCUGAUAACCCAACCAACGUCCAGCUCCCAGGAAUGUACAACAAAGAAGACAACGCACGUGUCCCAAUCAUUGUCACCGGUAACGAUUUCUCCACUCUCUACGCUCCUCUCAUCCGUGAUGGACGUAUGGAGAAAUUCUACUGGGCACCCACACGUGAAGACCGUAUUGGUGUCUGCAAGGGUAUCUUCAGAACUGACAAGAUCAAGGAUGAAGAUAUUGUCACACUUGUUGACCAGUUCCCUGGACAAUCCAUUGAUUUCUUUGGUGCCUUGAGGGCUAGAGUGUACGAUGAUGAGGUGAGGAAGUUCGUUGAAGGGCUUGGAGUGGAGAAGAUAGGAAAGAGGCUGGUGAACUCUAGGGAAGGUCCUCCAGUGUUUGAGCAGCCAGAGAUGACACUUCAGAAGCUUAUGGAGUAUGGUAACAUGCUUGUGAUGGAACAAGAGAAUGUCAAGAGAGUCCAACUUGCUGACCAAUACCUUAACGAGGCUGCGUUGGGAGACGCAAACGCGGACGCCAUUGGCCGCGGAACUUUCUACGGUAAAGGAGCACAGCAAGUGAGCCUUCCUGUUCCAGAAGGGUGUACUGAUCCUGCUGCCAAGAACUUUGAUCCAACGGCUAGAAGUGACGAUGGAACUUGUGUCUACAACUUUUGAGCUUUCUCCUAAUUAUUGUUAUUAAUCUGUACUUUUUUUUUUGAACUUUGUGUAAUUGUGAAUUGGUGGUUCUUGUCCUCUUUUGUUACUCGUUACUUCUAAUGAUCAUAUGUGCAAGCAUAUUCAUAUUUCAAAUUUGUAUUAUCAUUAAACCUUUUCUUCUGCUUCACGUUUCUUCUCCCAAUUGUUAGUGCAUUGA